AGUGUUUACUAAUUAUCCGGAUAAUUACGGUACGGGAUGGAUGGUCUUUUUCCCGGGGUUCGAAGUGCACUCUGGGUAGUUGGUUUAUGGUAAUGGCGUCGGUUACUUCGCGGGGUUUUUAGCAGGAUUUAGUAUUGCCAUUCGUAGCGUUAUACGCUGUGUAAUUGUUGAAUUGUAAAGCCUAAACACGCGCACACUUUAUUGGCGUUGUCGGCAGGAUAAAUUGUUUCAAUUGGGAUCGGGCAGAUUGGUUUUUUGACAGCGAAUCGGUCGGGCGUGCGGCGCAUGUGACGUCACAUUGCGGGUUCUCGCUGUUGGCUUUCUGCAGCUUUUGAGACAAUUUGGCGGAUAAAAUUUAUUAAGUUUCGUGUGUUAAGGUCCUCGGCUGUAAUUUUGAGUUUCGUGAGAUCGCGUUUAGGAGUGGAAAUUGAUUCGGGACUCUGAAUUUGUAAUUCUGGUAAAUCGGCGAACUUCGUAAGUUUCCGGUAAUUUACGGUGCGUAGCGCAUGCGCGGAACGUUGUGAUUGGCAAUAUUUCCUGCAAGCGGUGAUUUUGAAACCGGAAACGUAAUUUUUUGUUGUUUUUUACAGAUUAGGAAGCUUUUAGCAGAUUAAUCAAGAGACAAAACAAUAGUGUGAAGAUGAAUUUUGUUGAGGAGGUGGAAGAAUUUACGAGGAAAGGGCGACAGAUGAAUGCGGAGGAGGUAGUACGGAAGCUUAUGUUAAGUGGAAGACCUGCCCAGGACCAGCAAAGAGCUUUGCUUGGUCAGGCAUCGUUAGCCCGGAAUCGUCGUAAUACGACGUGGCUAAAGAAGGCAGCAAAAGAAGCAGAGGUGUUGCAGUUUGCUUCUUCAGAGUGGAUCUCGGAGAAUCUGCACCGGAUCGUUUCUAAACGCAGUUCCGAGGCAUGUGCCUCUUCCAAGCACUGCGUGACAGACAUCCGUCUAAAAACGGAGCCCACUCUGGAGAGGAGAGUGGAGGAUGCUGCCGCAAGAGAUGCCGGGGCUACUGAGAAAAUGAUAAAGGACAUUGAACAGCAUCUUUCGGAGGCCAGCAUGCCCGAGUUGGACUACCGAGAUGAGUUGACUUUAGAUGAGCAGGAGCCCGCUGUUAGCGGUCCUGCACCAGACAAUACAACAAAGGAAGUACUUGUUACCGGUCAACAGCCUCCAAAGGAAAUCCAGAAGCCCGCUUCUAGCGGCUCUGGAGAUGGCAGUACAAGGCCAACUCAGUCUACGGAAAGGGUCAUAAGAAGGUCACCACGAAGAGGGAGAACAUCAACAGAGAAUGUUUCAGUUCCCACCCAGAGAACAGUAAGACAAGCUCCUCAGGUGCCCGCUGGUAGCGGUCCUGAGUGCGAGUAUGUCCGCCAGCUUAGGAAAGUGGCUGAACGGACUGGAGUCCCUGAUGCACAGAGGCAUCCCAAGACCGGGCCAUCCAAAGUUCCCUUGAAAGCGAAGAAGAAAAGGGUAUACACUGAGCGAAAAAGGAGCAACUGCCCUUUGUCUUGGUGUACGGGGGAUUUCAGUUACCCGGUAGCACAUGCGUUUGUUUACCACUUUCCCACAGGGGUGGAUAGGGACAGUACUGGUAGAGAGGUUGACAAACGUAGGGCUGAGUUUAUAAGAUAUCUGGCUGCUUGGGCAUCGGGAAGGAAAGACGCCGCACCAGGCUGUUUAUUGGAGUUUAUGGUGAGAGAAAGGUUACAGAAGGGAAACGAAGAUAAACAGUGUGGGACCUGGGUGUGCGAUGUUGUGAAGAGGGUGUCGGAAAGAUUAGGAAUUGUUGCGCCCAGUAGGUUGACCCUCAGCCCUAUCAACUCGCCAGUGCUCGUUUUUCACUGGGCUCUGCUACUACAAGUCCUGAGAAGGAUGUCUCGUCAGGAGUACAAUGAGCUUCAGCGGAGAUUCAGUGAUCCAACCCGAGGUCAUGAACUGGAUCAGCGUCUUGCUCCUGAGGAUCCUGUUGUACAGGAAGAAGCACAACAUCCUGUUUUACAGGAUGACGAAGAUCUACUCGAGAUGGUUGUAGUGGACGAGGUUGGAGAAGAACCUUUGGUAGCUUUGGACUUGACCAUCUGUCUUACAGGUGAAAGGAAAGUUAAACUUUCCUCCAAUCAGUCUGACGUCCCCAAAGCCAAAGAAUUGAUGGCUGUGUGUCCUGCACCAUCGGAAGAAGCGGCGAUUCCUGGAGAAGAAGCCAUGAGUGUGGAAAGCAUGGAGGUUGAAGCCUGUUGUACAGGUACCCAGGCACCAGGGAUUGUUGUGGAAGCCAAUUCUAGUGGAAAAAGUAGGCCAGUUAAUCCUCCUGGGAGAAACUUUGUACGUGAGGGGGCAGUGGAUAGCCAUUUCCACUUGGAUAGGCUAUGUCUGAAGCUAGGUGAGCCCGAGUAUAAUUUCAGCAAGGUGUUAAGCAGACUGACCCCGUAUGCUGUUGAGGAUCGUGUCUGCAUUGGAGGAGCCGUGGCCAACUUUUGCGACCCGGUUAACUAUCCCAGUGUGGACGAAAUAUCCAGCCUACGGACGCAGGGUGUGGAGACAUCGAUCGGGCUACAUCCAAAGCAUGCUGCACAUGUCAGUUCCAGAGUAAUAUCUAGAUUCCAGGGCCUUGUAGGUCUGCCUGAGGUAUGUGCCUUUGGAGAAGUCGGGUUGGAUCAUACAGUUCCGGCAGAGGAAUGGGCGACACAGCAUGAUGUGUUGUACCAGGUGUUGCAGUUCCUGGAGCCGCGUCAUGUACUGGUGCUUCAUUGCCGAUCCAAGGUAGCCAGGGAAACAUCAGAACUAAUGGCAUCUCUGAUGUAUCAGUGUGCAGGAGUGGUAUCCAGAGACCAGAAGAUACACCUGCAUUGUUUUUCUGGAACUGAAAGUGACAUAAAUCGGUGGGUGCAAAGGUUUCCAAAUGUUUGCUUUGGAUUCACCGCCAUGGUAGGGAGUUUCAACGAAGAGCAGAAAGAAGCUUUAAGAGUGUUGUCGUCCGAAAGACUUCUACUUGAAACGGAUGCUCCCUACUUUCCUCUCCAUGGAUACAGUCUGUCAUCCCCGACCUUUCUUGGAAUGACGGCCCAGCUUGUAGCUGAUAUUCGUGGGGUCAGUAAAGCGGAAAUCCUGACGGUUACAGCCCAGAACGCCCACCGAAUGUAUUGGUCAUGAGGACGAGGCUUUAAGUAAGUUUAGUAUUGCCUGUUAGGCGAAUGUUGAAAAGAAUGGUAUUGCCUGUUAGGCGAGUUUUAGAACAAUGGUAUGGCCUUUUAGGCAAUAAUGGGAUAUUGUUGUGUUGCCUUGUAGUGGAAAGC